AUGAACAGAAAACAAAAUGGUGAACUAUUUGAAAAUACUAAUGAUAUACAUACAUUUUAUCAAUGUUCAAAUGGGAAUAUAUAUUUGUUAAGUUGCCCAUUACCCCUUGUAUGGUAUCAACAAUAUCAAAGAUGCGAUCGGGGUGAAUCAGAAGCUUCUUGUCAGGCCAAUAUUGAUCGUGCUGAAGAAUUAUGCAGUGCUGAAAUCAGUCUGGUCCGGCCGGUUGGAAUUAUACCUCAAACCGGUGAAAAACCGGCGAAACCGGUAAAAAACUGGCGAAAAAAUCGCGAAGUUUUUGAAAAUCGAUUUUCCGAAAGAAUUUCCCCAGAAGUGAAAUAG